AUUUCUAAGACCCCACGCGCGAGGUGUCGGAGCUUCAUCAUCAAUGAGCGCACGGUCCACAACCCCCACACCAAAUCCAUAAUCCAACCACUUUCUCGAUAAUUCCAUGUUCAUAUCAAUCGGCGGAGAAUAAAGUUUUAAUCUUUCGCGAUAUAAUCUCUUUUUCUUUUUUUGUGCCAAUCCUUUUUCUGGGAGGCUGAACAUCAAGCAUCGUCAAAGUAGGCGGUGCGGUGCGUGGCAUUUUGUAUUGCCGUCGCGCUGUUUUUGCGACUCCUUCCGUAUUUCUGCCUUUGGUUGACUCCAAGUCUCUGCUCCCGGAGCAAGCGUUGGAUUCGGCGCGAUCCACCCGCGUCCCCCUCCGUUUCGCUGCCUCCCGAGGUAGGCCGAUCGUGUGUGCUGCUGCUGUGCGCAGCUUAAUUCCGGUGAAACGUGAAGAAUUUGUUCGUUCUUGUUUAAUUUUGAAGAUCUGCUGGGGUGUUACGAAGAAGCUGGGUUUGAUUUGGUUCUCGAAUGGUUUGUUGGGCCAAUCAUUGGAGAAACGUGGAAUUAGGUUUCACUCUUGCUGUUUUGGACCAUCAGGUUUCCUAUAGGUUUCUCCUCAUUUAUCAGAAGAACUUUCCCAUUUGAUUUUCGACAAUCUUGGUAGUUUGGAUCUUCUCCAUGAUCUGCCAGAUUUCAUUGUCCACCACCAGGACUUAGAACAUUUUCUGGGAAGCAUCAAGAUGGGUGCUAUUUGCUGCUGUCCACGCACAGAUGAUAUUGAAGAGUAUACUUGUCCAAGCAAUACUAUAUAUGGACAGUGCUUAUGCUUAAGAUUUUUCUUCCACCAGCUUUUUACCGGGUACAGUGCCGUGUUCCAGAGACCUCAAGGACGGUCUAUGACUGCCACGGCUCCGGUCUCCACUUCUUUGGCUUCAUCAGGGAUCACUGGAUCAUCACCAGACAAUUCCACGACUGACAUUCACCUUGCAAAUCCCAGACCCGUUCCAUAUGAGGUUGAGCAGAGAUAUUCCCGCUUGCCACGUGAUGGCUUGGUGUCUAGGCGAGAGAAGUCCAUGACCCAUUUCCAAGAAGAGUCACAACCACUCAGAAUAAACGUGAGUAGUUCUGGUACAGAGUCAGUGGAGUUUGAGAAGAAAUGGAGUAGUGUUGAUCCGGAAGAAGAGUCUAAACUUGAUUUAGAACCUAUGGAGAAGUUGUCAACAAACAAAUCUGCGAAGGGAUUAAAUUCGACUCAACUUUCUUUAGAAGAUGAAGACGUCUGUCCCACAUGUCUUGAAGAAUAUACUCCUGAAAAUCCUAAAAUUACAGCACGAUGCUCUCACCAUUAUCAUCUUGGUUGUAUUUAUGAAUGGAUGGAAAGAAGCGAUAGUUGUCCUAUUUGUGGCAAGGAAAUGGAGUUUUGUGAAAGCCCUUAGCGCCGUAUCAUGAAACCACUGGUUAUCACAAAGAUCUAAAAAUAUACACAGAUUAGUUGGGUUUGUGUUCUGUAAAUAAAGGUUCUCUUGCCCCCGUAUGAAAUGGGCUGUGGGGAGGAAAUGGUGGUCUCUGGAUUGUACAUCACAUGUUAUUCCUGAUAUGAAUGAUGCUCUAUCUUCUUUACUUAUGUAUCGGUCUGCCGAUUUAAACUAAUGCCAAAUCGAACCAGAACUGUCACGGGAUCAA